AUGGGCCGCAGCUCGGGCGGCGGGGUACCAGUGGCGUCCGGUUCACUGGUGCCCCUCCUCCUGCUGCUCCUCACCGCUGUCCUGGUUCCCCACCACGCCCAGAGAGGAGAAGCGGCUGCCCAGGCGUCGCCAUCGCCGCUAGUGUCACCGUCAUCUUCGCCCGAACCUUCGCCAGCUGACCCAGGACCCGUUAGGUCAUCUUCGUCGUCGCCACCAUCAUCGUCAUCAGUGUCGUCGGUAGUGCCGGGAGUGUCUGUGCUAGACGAUGCUAGUGUACCUGACGAGCAACGGGGACCCACCAGAGAUAUCCCACCGGCUAGUGUAGUGGGAGUAGCCGAGGGUCCCGGAGACUCUGGCGUCUCUCGCGGAGGCGGAGCUGCGAAAGCGGUUCCCCUCAAGCCACUUCGCGUGGGCUACCUGAGCAACGUGGGCGGCAAGGACAACAUCAGGAGGCAGGGACUGGUGGUGUCCGGCGCCAUGACGUACGCCAUCCUGCAGGUGAACAACGACUCGAGCCUCUUGCCGGGCUACCAUCUUGAGAUGCUCUUCAACGACACCCGAGGGGAGAUGCUUCACGGUACGAAGGCGGUCAUAGAGAGCUGGAGGGACGGCGCCGUGGCCUUCUUCGGUCCCGAGGACUCCUGCUACGUGGAGGCGUCCGUGGCCGCUUCGCUGAACCUGCCCAUGAUCUCCUACAAAUGUUCGGACGCCAGCGUGACUCGCAUCGAGAACUCUACCUUCGCCAGAACGGUGCCUUCCGAAGCCCUGGUGGUACGGAGCGUGUCGGCGCUGCUGCGCUACUACAACUGGCGCAAGUUCAGCAUCGUGCACGAGGACAGCGCCAACUUCGCCACCAUCGCCCAGUCGCUGGAGCGGCAGGUGAACGCCGAGAAAGGUUUUACGCUGAACAGCAAGAGCGUGUUCCAGGGCAGCCUGCGCUGCUGCGAGCUCAAGAAGCCCUGCUGCCACACGUCCAUCGCCGACAUCCUGGAGCAGACCUACGCCAAGACCAGAGUGUACGUGUACAUGGGCAACUAUCUGGACGUCCAGACCCUGCUGAUCAUGAUGCGCAUGAAGGGCCUGACAGAGAAAGGGGAGUACCUGGUCAUCAUGAUCGACCAUGACAUGCAGUCUUGGGAGGACUUCAACGUCCACUUCUUUGGCAAGGGAGACAGCAAGGACAUCAAUGCAUUGACGGACGCCUGUCGCCAGCUGAUGGUGAUCCUGCCCAGAGCGCCCGGGGGUGACUCCUAUUCCCUGUUCACCGACAAGGUCCGCGAGUUCAACGAGAAGGAGCCGUUCAACUUCCCACAGGGGCUGAGCACCUUCAAGAAGCACAUCACGGUGUUUGCGUCAUACCUGUACGACUCGGUGAUGCUGUAUGCGGACGCGGUGACGAAGCUGAUCCACAAGAACCACAGCAUCACGGACGGACGUGCUGUCAUCCGGGAGAUCAUAGGCAGGAAGCGCUACAGCAGUGUGACGGGGGCGGACAUGAGCAUCACGGAGAGCGGGGACGUGGAGGGCAACUACACGGUGCUGGCCUUCCUGCCCGUGGCCGGGGAGGAUGCGCAGAGGGUGCGGGAGCGGCUGAACGCUGCCAGGGGGGGCGCCCAGAGCUUCCCCUUCCUCCUGCAGCCCGUGGGGGGCUUCAAGUACGUCGAGGGACACCUGGCCGAGUUUGAGCUGAAUGCCAACAGCACAGUGCUCUGGAAGAGCGGGCAGCCGCCGCUCCAGGAACCUCCUUGUGGCUACGACGGCUCCGGGUGUAAUGCACCCUCUGACAACAGGCGGCAGAUUGUGGCGAGCAUCCUGGGUGUCCUGCUGGUCGUGGUGUCAGUGUGCACUACCGUGGUGUACAGGAACUGGAAAUAUGAGCAGGAGAUUGCGGGCCUCCUGUGGAUGAUUGACAGGCGGGACCUGGAACCACUCUCCCACUUUUCUGGCCCCAAGCACAGCAUGAGCAAGAUGAGCAUCAUCAGCCAGAUGACGACGGACUCGCGUAUCCUGAACCUGUCGCUGGACACAUACCGCUACCGGGGCACCAUGACGUACGUCAAGAAGCUGAUGUACAGCCGACGGUCGGCCGACAUUCCACGCAUCCUCAAGAAAGAAAUGAAGAGCAUGCGUGAGCUCCACCAUGAGAAUGUGAACCCUUUCGUGGGCGCCUGUGUGGAACCCAACUGCAUCUACAUUGUCACCGAGCUCUGCAUGAAAGGAAAUCUUCAGGACAUUCUUGAAAAUGACGUCAUCAAGCUAGACAACAUGUUCAUCGCAUCAUUUGUGUUUGAUCUCAUCAAGGGGCUUCGUUACCUGCACGAGAGUGACCUGAAGGUUCACGGCAACCUCAAGUCGUCCAACGUGCUGGUGACCAGCCUGUGGGUGCUACGCCUCACCAACUUCGGGCUGCUCGAGCUCAGGACGAGCAAUGCGUCUACAAAGUCCAACAAGGAUGACUACCAGCUUUACCGGGGCCAGAUGUGGCGCUCUCCGGAGGUGCUGCGCAACCCGUCUGCGUUCCCGAGGGGCAGCCAGAAGGAUGACGUCUACGCCUUCGCCAUCAUCCUGCACGAGAUCAUCGGCAGACAGGGGCCCUGGGGACCCACCGAUAAGGAGCCACAGAUGAUUGUGGAGGCCGUCAAGAAGGGGCCCAUGGGCAAGGAGCUGUUCCGACCGCCCGUGGAGACCCUCCAGUGCCAGGACUAUGUGCUGCAUGUGAUGCACGAUUGCUGGGCAGAGAAGCCCGACUCCAGGCCGGAGCUCAGCCAAGUCCAGGAGAGGCUCAAGAAGAUGCGCCAGGGAAUGAAGCCCAACAUCAUGGACAACAUGAUAGCCAUGAUGGAGAAGUAUGCCAACAACCUGGAGGAGCUGGUGGAGGAACGCACCUGCCUGCUCGAGGAGGAGAAGAAAAAGACCGAGGCACUCCUGCACAGGAUGCUGCCCAAGUCUGUAGCUAGUCAAUUGAUGAGGGGUGAGCUGGUGGUGCCGGAAUCCUUCGACUUUGUCACCAUUUACUUCAGUGACAUUGUGGGCUUCACCGAGAUGUCAGCCUCCAGCACACCACUCCAGGUGGUGACCUUCCUGAACGACCUUUACACCUGCUUCGAUUCUAUCAUCCGCCACUACGACGUGUACAAGGUGGAGACCAUUGGGGACGCCUACAUGGUGGUGAGCGGGCUGCCCAUCCGCAACGGGGAUGCCCACGCCCAGGAGAUUGCCUCCAUGGCCCUGGAGAUCCUGGACGCGGUCAAGCACUUCGAGAUACGCCACCGGCCGGGCACCACGCUCAAGCUGCGCAUCGGCAUCCACACCGGUCCAGUCGUGGCGGGGGUUGUUGGCCAGACAAUGCCGCGGUACUGUCUCUUCGGGGAUACCGUGAACACUGCAUCGCGGAUGGAAUCCAAUGGAGAAGCACUCAAGAUCCACAUCAGUAGCCAGUGCAGAGAUCUGCUGACUAAGAUCGGCGGCUACGAGAUCAUCGACAGAGGACUUGUCAAGAUGAAGGGUAAGGGCGAGCUGCGCACCUACUGGCUGACGGACCACACGCUGGGGCCGCAGCACCGGCGGGCGCCCACCCAGCCGCUGCCGCAGCCGCUCUUCAGCGUGGCCGACACGGCAUGCGCCAACAACAACAACACCUCGGCGGCCCCCCAGCAGCAGCAGCAUCGGAGCCCCAAGCCGGAAGCGUCCUCCGCGCUGCCCCGGCGAGGUUCGCUUAUCCCCAAGCUGCCAGACUGCGACACGGACGCUCUGCUCGUGGGUGCCGGACUCAUGAACGGAUCCGUCAUGGGUAACAUACAGGCUCUCCACCGCCGGAAGCAAGAGAGCCCGGUGAUCCGACACAAGCAUCCGCCCUCUCGCGAGUCGUCCUUCUCUCAGCGGAGCUAUCACCGGCCCGACCUUGCUGACGCGUCGUCGUCACGCGCCAACAGCAUCGUGGACCUCGACGUUGGAAUCUCGCUCCAGCUGCCGCCAUCGUCAUCGCUCCUCCCUCCACGACGGUCGGAGGCGAUCCGCAAGGGCUGCUCGUCAGACUUUGGAUGUUCGAACCCGGACAUCGCAGCCGGAAGGGGCGCUCGGAACUGGGCUGACCGGAACAAGAACGGGCUGAAGAGCCUCGACGAGAGCGUGAGGCCGCUGCUGACGAGAGAUCCGACGGACAGCACCAACUGCAACGGUGGAGCGGCGGAAGGACGCCUCGGGGUUCUCGCCGAAGAUGCCACCAAGCGCUGGCGAUCGUGCGACGAGAUCGCGUCGUCGCGGCCCCCGGCGAGAGAGCGACUGAAGAAAGUGUUCGGCGGUCUGCUCCGCGCCGGAGCUACAGAGGAGCGUCCCGCGUCGCGCAACUGGGAGCCGUCCGAUUACGAAGCCGCGCCGACGUCUGAGCGACGUCGGCCCGGACAGCAUUCCAAGCUGAUCUGCGAGGAGGGGAUGGAUCCUGGCGAGAGUGUGGUGUGAAAUGGAGUGGUGUCGGUGUGCAGUCGUGGAAUCGUGUCUCGCGGGCACAUUGGCUCUUGAAAGGACUCUAAACUGCUCCUGAAUUUUUUUCUUAAGUGUCGAGAUAGGAAACGUACGUCGCAAAAUAAACUUUCCCCGCUCCCCCAAAACAUUUAAGCGCAAUAUCUAUGUUGCAAGACAAAUUUUGACUUAAGUACGAAGUGUACCUGUAUUUUGAGGUGUUGAACUUGAAAGAGAAGCAUGUCUCAUACGGUAACUAAAGAUGAGUCGGGCGUGGGGGGGAGGCUGAGGUGAGGGUGUUUUUGCUUUACAACGUGCACAUCCUUUCUCUACACUUAGGGUGCAGUGUCUUUUUCCCAAAAAUCUCCGCGAGGGCAACGUAGAACAGCAGGAAACCUUAACAUAUUUGGACCUGUCGACUAUGCCUUCGUUUGCUUGCCUGCAGCUCGAACAGGUCAAUGGGAGAGCAUCGAAUGAGACCUCGCAAGGACACCUACAUUCCGCAAGAGUUGCCCAGUCGUUGUCCACCCAACGAGCACUAUGUUUCUAGUGACUAAACGACGCAGGCGAGUUGCUCCCUCGAUCAUCCAAACUCUGCGUUCCAGUCUUCGAGAAGCCCAGUUCUCUGAGCCUGUGCCGCGACAUAGACGAGUGGUGAGUGACGCGUCGUUCGACAAAUUCGCCAACGGUGGAACCGCGCGUCAACUCGGAAAUAGUCUUCCAGCACCGUGCCUAUGUAACGUGAACCCGACGUGCAUUUUGGGGUCGCUUAAAGAAAGGCUCCGCCGGCGCUUCCACUUCUGGGUCGUCGCACCCGGCAAAAGUGGUUUUUUUUCGGACUCCGCACGUAUUUCUAAGUACCUAGGACAUUUAUAUUAUAACUCGUUUUUAUCCACCAUUUUUUUCUUUCUUCUUGUUUGCUUUUUUUUCUAUUGAAACCCGAGUGUGUGUCCCCAUUCCAAGUGUUGAGAACAAGAAUGGAUGCUUUUUGUGUGUCAUUUUUUUUACUGUACGUUACGAGAGCACCCUUCCCGACAAAGCCCCCGCUGCACUGCAGAGGCGUCGGAGGAAGAUGAAGAAGUUUGGUCGAAGCCUGAUCACGAAGGCAAUGAUCCGAGCGGGGUUGUUUCUGUGUAAGUGUCAUGACAAGCUUUCUUGAGGGGAGUGACGGCUGCCCAAGUUAUCUCGACUCUUAGGGUCGAGAGUGUGAGUGUGAGAGAAGAUGGGACUCUGGGGUGUGGUUUCGCUCCAAGGCAGAAUCAAAUUUUCGGACGGCAUUUGUUGGCCCCUAACGCAAGCUUCGAAGAAGGACUUUUGAAGUUUUUUCUCAUUUCGUUUUUCUACUUAGGGUGUAAUGAAGGAGUUUUUGCUUUUUUUUGCAUUCGAGAGCAGCGUGUGCUAUUUCGGGGCGUUGGCCGGAUUUGAACAAGCAAACUGAAUACGAAUGUGUAGCCUGUACCUGUAGUUCAUGCAAUAGGGAUUUUUUUUGUUUGUUUUUCGGAUUAGAUGCGGACAUUUGGCAGCAGGUUUUUGUGGGUGAAAGAGACCUAGCAACCAUGUGUCUGUUUUGUGCACACUUGUUGGUGCGACGGUUUGGCCAGUCUAAACUUUAUUUCUAUCAAUAAUUUCGCAACAUCUCGGACACUAUUAGAGCCAGUUUUUCAAAGACAUAUUGUGAAGUGAUUGCUUUUGGUUUUUAAGCCCGUACUGCUAAAAAGCUAUAAUUGCAAAAAUAGUAAAUGAUUGCAUAGUGUGUCGAGGAAUAUUCUUGGCUGGCAGAGCUUUAAUGCUACAAGUUACUUUGUUGGACCAGUUUAGCAGGAAAAGUUGAACAUGCUGAACUGAAGCACGUCUGCCGCAUAGUGAUGCAUCUGCACAACAUUUGUGCUGUUCUAGGAAACAGUUGCACCAGCCAUUUUUUCCGUAAGAUCUUACGGAAUUUUUCGCUUAUUUGCAAUCUUUCUAAAGUAAACUCCACAUAUCUAAAAGAAUUUCAGAAUAGCUGGAGUCACAGCAGCGCUUUUCUUGAUGUACCUCCCUCUCUAUGUCCUUUCCGGAGUGCAAUAACAAACAUGAAGUUUAUCAACUCGUACCUCGCAAAUUCAACAUAGUUUUUAUUGAUACCUUGUGGCACAUUCUGUAUUAAAGGCUGAGGACACUGGGCUAUGCAGCUGGGAGCAAGUACAAGUAUGAUACUUUGCCACCAGAUACUAUUUCAUAAGCUUCAUAUAUGUUCAUGGAGGUUUUAGAAACCCUCUUCAUAUGAGGUAGGCUAAAGGAUGCUGAAUAGUUGUACAUAACUAAAUGUUUGGCCGUAAUUCUGAAUUUUGAAACUAUAGGUGUUCAACCUUGUUUUAUAGUUUAAGUAACUGGCAGCAAAUGGUCUCAGAUAUGUGACUACUUUGCAUCCUUCCUAACAAGUUAGAGCUUCAACAUGACACCUUUUGAAAUGCACACUCAGUUUUGGCCAUAUUUGCUGAGAUUAUCCAAUCUUAUGGACACAUCACCGCUGUUACUCAGAACUGUGGGAACUUUUCCAAGUGUAACCCUCUCUAAGAAAGGCCCUUUCCAACUCAAGCUUACACAUCGACAUGUUGGAGCCUUUCCAUUGAAGGAGCUUUCUUACCUUUCCCACUAAGUAUGCACAAACCACUCCUACAAUGUUUUUUUAUAGAUGCCAAAGAAUUUGUAUUGCGUAACAAGCUUUGAACUUCAUGGAACCUAUUUGAACUUGUUUUUUUUACUUGUAUCAUUACAGAUUCAAACUGCUUUAAAAAAAAAAAAAAAUCUAGAUUGUGUUUUAUGUAAGCUAGCUGAACCCGAAAUCUUGAUAUUUUUAUCUUUAAAAACUUUGAUGACCCCCCUCUGAAUCCCACCUUGCAGAAAAAUUCUGAUAUUGCUUAACAAAUGCUCGAUGUAACUAUGACAACGACUAGCACAUGUUGUCGUCUCUUCUCUCAUUGGGCCUUGAGUGGUGCCUCUUCACUACAGUGCCUUCUUUAUUCAUUUACUUUUUUUUUCUUUUAAAUCAAACAACUAUGGUCACUUACAGAAUAAAACAAAGGAGGCCCUUCAGUUUUCCAACCUCCAGUGCAGACUUCCUGCCUUUAAUAACUCCUCAGCAUCUUAUGUGCUGCAAGCAUUCAUGCGCAGCCAAUGCACAACGGAAGGCAGUGUGCACGUGCUAAAGACUAGGCAUCCAAAAGAGAUGCCCUGUGUUUUUUUUUUUUAUUUAGUCAGUGAUUGCAACGGCAGGAGGGGAGCCUGACCUGCUUACUGUAAUCAGAAAUUAUGCAGGAUUCUUGCUUUUGAGAGGUGGAAGCGCUUCCACAGGACACUUUAAAAGUGUACGUAGAGGAUUUCGUCUGCAUUCUUACGAGUUGCAGCCUAUGAAUACGUAAUUCUAAAUUCUGCCACACCCCUGCACUUCAGCUUACCAGUUGUAUGUAGGUCUACCAAAAGCUCUGGCACGAUAUAGGAGCUCUGCAAGGUGCUUUGUUUUUGCAAGCACUUGCACAAAGAAGGCGAAAUGUAAGAAGGAGGGGUCUUGUUCCAGGGCUCUUGAACAAAAUUUAAUCCUGCAAUGGGUAGGGUAUCAAAAAAAAAGGUUGAGGCAAUCACGUAAUCACAAUUCAAAGGUAGGACUGCACCCACGUCGCGAAGGGCUUUGCAUCAGCAGCUGGAUAUGGCUUCAUUGUGUUACAUCAGUCCUUGGAUUGGGCUAUUUAGGCAUUGUAAUGGAUACCAAUGGCAUUUUUCGAAAUGACCAAGAUCUUGACCCUGAUUUUGUAAUGUGGAAGUUUUUGCCUUGGUAAGGCCCUAAUUAUACAUUGUUGGUUGCACAGAGCAAUGUGUCCUUAGAUUGUGCACCUUUGUGGGCUUAAAUCGUAUUUCCAAUACGAAAAUCCUAUGGUAAAAUAUAGUAAAAUUUUUGGAGAAACAAGCAUAUUUUAAAGCUAUACUACUAUUUGGCAUAAAUGUGAAGACCAUGUGCCACAAUGUGAUAGGAACACUUUCCAUCAAUGGAAGGUUGCCUUGGCAUUUCUUUAACCAAUUCAUCUAAGAUAGUAAACAACCAUAGAGCAAGGGGAACAAGGGGAUGAAUGACAAACAGAUGCAAGUAUAUAGCUAAAAUUUUAUGUAAUUGAAGUCAAUUUAAAUUUAUUUACUUUAGGCUUCCUAGUCUGUUACCCUAUUCUUCUAGUCUCCUAUCCUUGAUAUCCAUCACUUCGGUAAAAAAAAAAGUGGAUGCGACAUUCUCUGCCCUUAGGAUGCCUUCAAAUUUAUUGAUUCACCUACCCAAGCAGCUUGCCAUUUGAUAAAAAAAAAAUUCAAUUGACUGUGGCCACUCUUUUUCACUUAUGCUUUGGUGUCUCACUUUCUUUUUCUGCUAUUAUUUGUACUUGUGUGGACGUGCAGGAAGGUCAUGUUAGUUUUAAUAUUUUUAUGAGAAAAUAGUACACAGGGAGUGCAUAACCUUGCAAAAAGUAUGACUUUUUUUGUUUUUUUUAUUUUUUUCACAUUGUGGUUUUUUUGGAGGCUUAGUUGGUGGCCUUCUUUUUGUGCGGUCACGGUUCUGUUCAGUACUUAUUCCGUUUCCUCGGCAUAUGAAACUUCAGACGUGCUUAAAUUUUACGUCAGCUUUAACCCUCUGUUUAGGGAUAGCGCUACAACUGGCUCUAUUCGUGCGAAUUCGUAGCAUUCAGGGCAAGAUAUUUCAUUUCCUUGGUUAGUUGUAAGAGGAAGUUUCACCACGGUGGACAAACAAAACUGGCAACCACAGUGAAACAUAGCUUUAUAAAAUGUGCACUAGAAAUGACACAUUGAAUGCCAUCUUUUUUGUGUGAUAUUUUCCAGCUUUUUUGUUUUAACGCAAUAGCGAGAUGCAACUGCGGUUUUUGUACCCUCCUGGGCAUUGCCAAGAGGCAUGGUUGCACCCCAACUGCACAUGGUUGCUAGAGCUACUCUUCCUGCGAUGUCCUGGUUCAACACCGUAGACAAAAGGCAGUAGUGCCGGAUUUUCCUUGUCAAUUGAAGGGGGCAGAGCGGGGUGCAGAUCUGAUACGAGUGCUGCGUAAGCGUUGGACUGGGGUCGAGCACGAGUCCUGGCCGAACGCCGACGCAAUACUCGUGGCCCAUCCGCACUUGGCACCGGCCUCUUACGGGUGACGUGGAAAAUCAAAUACCUCCCACACCACCAGGAACAAUCAAAGUUUGCGGAUAGCCUCCCCUACCUCCUAGGAACGUCGGCAGACUAGGAUGGAGCCUGACUCCAAGCAUCCUUCGACGCAACGACUGAACACGAGGUUCGGCCACUUGCUGAAGCAGUGCCCGUGUCCAAUUUUGCGUCUGCGCUCGAUCUCGAUGUGAUGACGUCAAAAUUCGAGUGCAGGGACUUUGAUUAUUCUAUACUUCGCUUCACACCAGGUCUGAGCGCAUCCGACUCCACGAUUCGAUGGACCAUUUGAGUUGCACCAAAAGUGCGUCGUCACGGCCUCGUUACCCUUGUGCAGCGUCACGAGCGCCGUGACGUUGCACUCUUGGCACUGCUUGAUUAGCCCCACAGAUCGUAGCGUUGGCUGCGGCCGGGCUUAGUGGAGAGUUUUAGGGAACCGUGUUUGCACAUCCUAUAGGGUACGAUGGGCCCUCCGGUACGAUGUGCGCAUGUAUGAGUCUUCUGUGGUGGUACAUGCGUAGUUCGAACCGUAGGGCCCAUCGUGCCGUAUCAGAUGUGCAAAAAGCGGUUCCCUAAAACUCUUUGGUGUGAAAUGUAGUAUAGGUGGUGGUACUACGGCCUCGCCAUCUAAAAGAUGUUGCCCGACUGCGUCCACCCCCCCUCCCUCAAAAAACAAAAGUGCUAAGCAGGCUGAAUUGCAACAUGGAAUCCUCCAGACACAACGAUGUACAAAGAAAUCCAGGCGGUCCGUUGCCCCGCUGCUCGUGGCGGGGUCUCCCGGACGAUGCCAAGCCAUCCGAAAGCAAACUUGUUAGUGCCAAAUACCUGUGCUCUGGAUGACCUCUGUGAUACAUACUGGCACUGUCGCGGUUUCAUGCCGAGGCCUGGUGGACCUGCAAGCCACGCGCAGGUGGAGACUGGCUGUUGGCAGUAUUGUAAAUAAAGCGGAAGAAUUAUUUUCUA